AUGGAUGGCGCAACGACCACUGAAGCACCACCCUCAUAUGAAGAAGUGGUUGGGAAGUUCAAUGGCCUCAUUGGAGGCAACCCCAACGCCACGCGUGUCCUUGAAGCAGCCGAUGGCCUAUCCCGGACAGAUCUGGAUGUUCUCAUUGCAAAUCACGACCAACACUUCCCUAUCAAGACAGAUGAAGACAAAGUCAAGUUUGCCACUGGAGCUGCCGAGGGCUCCUGCUCAGUGGAACUCCAAAGCGCCAUCGGCCUCUCGGCAACGGCUGCUGCCACGACUGCUGUCCAGAUCAGCAGGACUUUCAACCGAGUACAAACCCAUCUCGCAACGGUUGAUCGGAUGGCGCGGACAUCGUUCGAAUCCACCUUUAUCCCGAUAAAGGGGGUGAGUACCACACUAAGGCAUUUUGAUAUUUGA